ACGGGCGGGCGUUGACAGAUGAGCCGCGAACCGCGCAGCCACGCCACGCCGGCUGUGGGCCGUGGUAUAAAGAGCGACGCUCGGGCGGUCACGUGGCACUGUAGACGGCGGCACCCACGAGGGACAGACAGCACCAGAUGUAUCCAAGAUGGCGGCGAUGACGUAUUCCAAGAUUGCGGCGUGUAGACUUCUCAACAGCACAUGACAUCAUCCAAGAUUGCUGCCAUGACGUCAUUCAAGAUGGCGUAUUUUAUCGUUGAGUCGUGUUGUGAGAGCUGAGCGAUGGCCGUGCUGCUGGACUCGUGGUUGGCGGAGCUGGUGGUGGUGGUGUCAGCAGCAGCGCUGGCGCUCUACGCGUGGAUGUCCCGCUGCCAGCGCCACUGGCAGCGCAAGGGCGCGCCCUUCGUGAAGCCGGAGGUGCCCUUCGGCAACUUCCGACCCGUCGCCAUGGGCCAAAAGUCCCUCGGCCUCUUCUUGUGGGACAUUUACAAUAUGGCACCAGGGGCGCGAUACGUUGGAUUUUACGGAUUCAAUCGUCCAAUGCUCCUCAUCCGCGACCCUGAGCUGAUAAGAGAAGUGCUGAUAAAGGAUUUCGCGACUUUCCACGACAGGGGGAUAUUCUUCGACGAGGAGGAGCCGCUCAACAGGCACCUGUUCGCUCUGACAGGCAUCAAGUGGCGCCAGCUGAGGAUCAAGCUUACGCCAGCGUUCACGUCGGGCAAGCUCAAGGGCAUGUUCAAGACGCUGGUGGACUGCGGCCACGAGAUGGCGGCGGUGCUGGAGGGGGUGGCGGGGCGCAGCGAGGCGGUGGAGGUGCGGGAGCUGCUCGCCAGGUACUCCACCGACUUCAUCGCCUCCGUCGGUUUCGGCAUCGAGGUCCAUUGCCAGCGCGACCCGGACAACGAGUUCCGCCACUGGGGGCGCAAGAUCUUCGAGCCCUCUCUCAUCACUGGGCUCGCCUUAAUGCUGUCCGUCAUCAGCCCCAAGUUGACCAGAUUCGUCCAACUCAGAGAUAAAAGAGCUGCUGCAGUCUGUAAAUAUUUUCGUGACAUGGUGGCGCAAACAGUUGCUUAUAGAGAGAAAAAUAACAUUUCUAGGAAAGAUUUCAUGGAUCUUCUGAUACAACUAAAAAACAGAGGAUACCUCGACGGUGAAAAGAUUGAGGAUGGAGACAGUACUAGCAAGGAAGUUUCUCAAAUGGAGUUCACAAUGGACGACGUAGCAGCGCAGGCGUUUAUCUUCUUUGGAGCGGGUUUCGAGACAUCUUCAUCAACGAUGAGCUUUGCUCUCCACGAAUUGGCGUUCAACCUACACAUUCAAACGAAGCUGCAAGAGGAAAUAGAUUUAGUCCUAAAGGAGAGUGGUGGAGAGAUUUCAUAUGAAGCACUUUCCAAAAUGUCUUUCCUUGACAAAGUAGUAUCUGAGACCCUGAGGAAGUAUCCACCGGUGCCUUUAUUGAACCGGGAGCCCAACCAGGAGUACAGGAUUCCAGACAGCGACGUUGUGCUGGAGAAAGGAACACCGAUCUCCAUCUCGGUGCUGGGUCUCCACCGCGACCCCAAGUACUACCCAGAACCAGAGCAUUUCGACCCUGAGAGGUUCUGCGAAGAGCAGAAAGCCCAGAGACAGCCUUACGUUUACCUACCAUUCGGAGACGGACCACGCAACUGUAUAGGUAUGAGACUUGGCCUGUUGCAAGUCAAGGUUGGGCUGGUGUGUCUGCUGUCUAAGUACAGCGUGCGGCCCACAGAGAAGACACGAGAAACCUUGGAUUACAACGCCAGGACUAUAAUACUUCUACCUAACGGCGGCAUUCAACUUCGACUGGAGAAGAGGUGCAGUUGAUGGGGACACUGACACAAAGACGGGUUUACUGAAGUCGGGUGUGGGUUUGAAACGACGCAGGGGGAACGCUUCAAGAGCACGGGAUUUUCCUGUGUUGUGCAACAUUAGUUUACAAAUAUUUUCCUGAGACCAGCCAUUUUAAUGGCUCACAAAGCUUUUAAAGAUUUUCAUGUAUUCACCCGCUCUUCGGGAGAGAACUGGUUUCGGACAAAGCUAUAAUACAUGACAAUUAUAAAAGCAGCCGAACUCAAGGAUUUCCUUAAUUAUGUCUGUACUGCUUAUGAGUUACUGUGGCCGAAUACUCACGCACAAAGCUCGUUGGCUUUAUGCAGGGUAAUCACGUUAGAUUAGAUUAGAUUAGUUUUCUUUCCGUAGAUCCGUGUUGAGGAGAUCCUCGUGGAUGUGGAACAUGUCACCUUUUUUUUAUUUUUAUUUUUUUAAGCUGAAAUAAUAAUACUAAUAGUAUAAAUAUAUACAACACAUCAUUUGUUUCUAUUAAAAAAUUCGUCAAUGGAGUAGAAGGAGUUGGCCACUAGGAAGUCUUUCAGGCUCCUUUUAAACUGAUCUCUAUUUGUAACUAAAUUUUUUAUGUUUGCUGUCAAAUUAUUGAAGAUGAGUGUUCCUGAGUAGUGGACCCCUUUUUGAACUAAAGUAAGUGCUUUUAAGUCCUUGUGCAGAUCAUUUUUGUUCCGGGUAUUGUAUGUAUGAACUGAGCUGUUUGUUGGAAAAAGAGAUAUAUUAUUUAGGACAAAUUUCAUUAAGGAGUAAAUAUACUGAGAGGCAGUAGUUAGUAUACCCAGUUCUUUGAAGAGGUUUCUACAAGACGUCCGUAAAUUUACUCCACAAAUAAUACGUAUUACACGCUUUUGGACUCUGAAAACUUUUGUUUGACUUGAAGAGUUACCCCAAAAUAUUAUACCAUAUGACAUUAUGGAAUGAAAGUAGGCAAAGUAUGCAAGCUUUUUCACUUUUAUGUCACCUAUGUCUGCUAACACUCGAAUUGCAAAUACAGAUUUGUUAAGGCGUUUCUGCAGUUCUGUGGUGUGCGCCUCCCAACUGAAUUUAUUAUCAAGUUGUAAUCCCAGAAAUUUAAGACUGUCAACCUCUUCUAUCUGCUCUUCUUCGUACUUUAUGCAUAUGCUGGGUUGAAAGCUCUUACAGGUUCUGAAUUGCAUAUAGUGAGUCUUUUCGAAGUUUAAUGACAGUGAGUUGGCUUUAAACCAUUUGUUAAUAUCCAUGAAAAUAUCAUUAGCAGAUCUUUCUGGAAUUACACUAGACAUACUAUUUACUGCAAUAAACCAUUAACAUCGUUUCUCGUUUUAUCGUCAUGCAUUUAUAAAUAUGUAUAACAUAUUCAUACAGCUUGUAUCAACCUAUUUUAUAAAUAAAAGUCUUACACUGCUUUUAAGGAGACAGAAAGAAAAGACGUUGUCUUCUGUUAAUUUUGUGACACAUACAUACAUGAGUGGUAGCGUGGGAUAGCCUAGGUUCGCGUCCUCCGUCGGGCAUGGUUGUGUGUGUUGUCCUGGGCGUAAGUUCGUGUAAGUUAGGUUGGUUAGAUUCUAUAGUGUGUAAGCUUAGGGACCGACGACCUCAGCACUUUGGUCCCGUAAGACUUCCCACAAAUUUCCAGUUUUACAGACAUGAGUACAGGCGUGUAAAUGUUUCACUGUUCAUCCUUUACGAAACUGAGUGUUUAGUCUCAGCAGAUACUUUACAAUUUGUAACAUAGGUGUACCUAAUUUUGAAUAACAGCUAAUAGCUACACAUGGAAUAACAAUUUAGAUUUAUUUGAUAAUAAUAAGUAACGAAAAUAAAAAUUUAUGUCAUUAAGAAAAUAAAGCAAAGAAUGAGGCAACGAUUCGUAAAAUAUCUAAGGAUUUGGGUGACACUCUGGAGACUAUAUAUGGUGGUGUAUGUAUAGUAAGGUAAGGCUGCUGCUAAUUUUUUAAAUUGAGAAGAUGGGUUAUUUCUUUGAAGUAUGAGGAAGCUUAUUUCAUACUGUAGUGCAUCCAAUAGAAAAACACUCAUAGUAUGAGGAGGAAAUGAAAGUAACUUAGAAUGUAAAGAAUAGCCUGGAGAGCUGACUGUCGAACAAAGUGUUCCCCAGGACAGUAAGCAACCAGAAUAGCUCCCUUCAGGAAGGGAUAAUGUCAUCAUAUAUUGAUCUCUAAAUACUCUUCCUCGAAUAGAAAUUUAGGACGAAAUCAGAGGUACCAGAAGCUGUAAACUAAUCUCUGUAACUCAUACAGAGCUUUCGUCAUGUUCCAGCUGUGACGCACGCUCAACCCUUAACCUCUCAAAAACUGUGUCAUCACCAGUAGUACACCAUUUAAUUUGAAAAACCCUCUGAAUUCAAGUCACAGUAUUAGAUUCUUUUGAGCAAUAAAAAGUCUUAGCCACGAAUGAAUAAACCGUGCCAAGUACAUGUAGAAACAUUAGUUCCUCGUUCUCGAAACGAGGCAGCUCAUCUACUCUAGCUACAACUACUUCACACUCAAAUGGUCCUACCAAAACAGACGUGUAGUUUCUCGGAGUCACUACAUCUGAAGGAAGAUGUGAAAGUGACUAUUAUUUAACUACAAGGACGCGACAUGUAGAUUCUAGUGCCAAUUAUGAUAAAAAACAGGGCUUACAAUUUCUUAAUAAGACAGCAGUCCACUAUUUCAUAUACUUUUCUGUGUGAGGUUUUAUUUAUUAACAUUUGAGUGCCUAUGGCUACUGUGUCGUGUACAUUGGAAAAUAUUUGAAACGACAAUUACAGUGAAAUAACAAUUGUUAACGUUGACAAGGCUUUCAUGUAAGGCUCCGUCGUUUCAUGCAGAAAGAAAGCAGAAAGAAUGUUGCACGAGAUAAAGUGCAUUUGUUCGUGGCCUUAUGUCAUAUGACAGACACACAUUCAGCCAUUAUUUUUUCUUAUUGGGAUCCUAUACUAACUUUUAUUGAAUCAGAAGGGCAUUUGGAAAACUAUUUAAAAAAUUGUAUGUCUCCGUGUUUAAACGAACAGAUCGUGUUGAAACAGAGUUUCAUCAGGUAAUUUUCCUUUAGUGACGUAGCCUGACAUGAGAGACCUACAUGCUGAUGAUGUUUACACAGUAUUAGCGUAUUCCCAACAACUCCCAUCUUACUUGUACAUUAUUUCUCUGAUGCUUUGGCAAAUAACGUUAAAAACACCAUUGCAUUUAAAGAAACCAUACUUGCCCCAGUAUCUCGGUUGGUACAAAAGUAACGUGCAUUACCUGUGUAACAAAAUCUCGUGCCCUAGUGAGUGCUAUCAUCCGUCGGAAACCUCUUUUCAUACUGUGAACAUUUCGUGAAAUAAGGAAAUCCUGAAGUCUUAUGAGCCUCACUCGUACACUUAAAAAGUAAUCAAGAUGGAUGCCAACAAACGAUUUAUAAAACUAUAAAAAUUUGGAUUCCCUUCCCUGUCGUCUUUUGCAGUAGAAGCGUAAUAGCAGUACAAGUAGCGCUUUCUAUUUACGUUAAUAAUUGAAGUAUGGCACUAAUGCGAGAAUUUUUUUCUUAGUGAAGAUCAAAGGCCGACGAAAAAUUUGUUUAAAAUUGAGUACUACAAUCCUGUGACUGAAUAAAUAUAUAACAAAAUCACUGCGACUGCGAUUAAAAUGAACACUAUGUAUUUAUUUAAAUGUUUUCGUAUUAGGAAAUAAAGUCUAGAUCAUUGGUAUUUUCCUCCUACUUCUAUAGAGUUAUUUGCAGCUGAACCAUGUAGUUGUUUAACUGGAUGAUGAGUUGUAGUUGGCAAAGCCAAGAGGAAAGAGGAAAAAGCUGACUGAUUUUACAAGGUAAUGUGAUCCACAACGCAAGUAGUGUUUGAAAUGUCACUUUUUCUCUUCAUGUUUCUUUACCUCUGCUUUCACAUGAACAGAGACUGCCGUAGGUACGCGAAACCUCUGAGAAGGAACGUCUCCACAUGUUUGGUGUUCGGCAACAACUCGUUACCCCAUCUUCGUUCAAAAACGCGUUAUACAUGGAAUCUCGUGUGGCUAACCCAAUGACUACAAACUACGUCUGGAAAUGAACGUAGCGUUUUAAAUGCCAGUACUGUUCUGUAACGGUCUCCAUCCUCGCCCAUUGCCUGCACCGCUUGAAUUCGGUAAUAGCACUCCGUAUGUACUGAAUUCAGCUCUUGUUUGCUAUCUGAAACAACUCGUUAGAUAUUUUCUUCAUCUUCGAAAUGGGACUGACUAAUUGUGAUCUUAUCACGAUAUUUCGAUUUUAGGCUCUGUUUAUUUUGCUCAUAGUUUUUUGCAGUGACUGCUGGAUAACAAUCAGUUCUUCGCACCUGCAUCUAAACUACCCUCGGAAGACUAAGCGCUUGUUACAGUUGAAACUGAGGGUCUGUCUGUUUUCCUGUAUUGGAAGAUCUUCGUUAAUAUGUCUCCCUUCAUUCUCUCUAGAUAUCCAUAGAGCGCAAUACACCUUUUCUUGUUCUCAUUUGUUAUCUUACGUUAGAAUGGAUGUAUUUUCUUUUUGGGCCUCAAAAUACAUUUUCCAUGUUUUUUUCUCGACUGGACCUAAAUUUUUCGCAAGCUUCUCCUUUAUAUCUUUUCCCAAUCUCCUGAUGUCAUUUUAUAUUCAGAUAAAAGCACUGUUUCCGACCCAUACAGGACUUCUGGUUUUACAUCUUUACUAUAAUGGCUUUAUUUAAGAACCCUCGAAAAACCUUUUUCACUUUAAAUAUUUCUCGCUUUUUUAGUUUAAUUUUGAUUCUGUGUUUAUUAUCAAGUGGAAGUGUGAAAUGGUAAAUACCCAAUAAUAAUGUUUUAAUAAAACUAACACCUUCUUACUUUAAAUUACUGGUAUUAUGGAAAUAAAAUUUG